AUGGCUUCUGCAACUAUGGUUUUCCAGGAUCAAAGUGGAGGGAAUGGGUUAGAAACUGUUCUGCCUUCGGAUGACUUUGCUCCAAAGGUUAGGAAACCUUACACAAUUACGAAACAAAGAGAAAGAUGGUCAGAAGAAGAGCAUAAAAAGUUUCUCGAGGCAUUGAAACUAUAUGGCCGAGCAUGGAGAAAUAUAGAAGAGCACGUGGGCACAAAAACUGCAGUGCAAAUUAGAAGCCACGCACAAAAGUUUUUCUCCAAGGUUGCUCGUGAAUCAGACACUGGAAUUUCCGUCUCUGUGAAACCGAUUGAAAUUCCUCCUCCUAGGCCCAAAAGAAAGCCGGUGCAUCCUUAUCCUCGUAAGAUGGUUUCUCCAGUCAAAACUGGAAUCUCAACAAGGUCUACAUUUUCCAAUCUCUCAGUUCUGGAGCAAGAGGAUCUAUCUCCUACAUCUGUACUGUCUACAAUUGGUUCAGAUGUUUUGGGCCAAACAGAUUCUGGUACCCUUGAUGGCAGCUCGUCGCCUAUUUCAUCUGCUGUUGCUGUCAAUGAAGGUACUAUAGAGACAAGAUCUUGGUCACCUGGCCAAAAUGAUGCUCAUUCGAGUCCAGAUGUGGAAGCUCCUAUGAAACUGGAGGUGUUGUCUCAAAACAACGCUAUUGCCGAAGAAGAUUUAAAUGAAUCUUCCACGCAGUAUUUGAAGCUUUUUGGAAAGACAUUAUUAGUCACCGACUCUCAUGGACCAUCGUAUCCUACUCUAAGCACGGGCAAACCGCAGUCAUUAGAUAGAAGUGAUGGAACAUAUAUACAGACAUUGCCCUGCACUUUCACUCCCUCUUCUCCGAGUGAUUCUGAGUGUACAUGGCUCUGUUUCAAGAAUGAGAAAUCGAACAAUAUGAAUGCUUGUCGGGUUCCUUUCCCUUGGUUGACACUUUGUGCGGGUGCAUCGAAUCAACCUUUGCAGGUGCAUAAUCCUAUUCCAAUCAGGGGACGUACAUCAUAUGGUAAGAAAGAAAAAGUCGAUAAAGAUGAUCAGAAAGAAGGAUCUUCGACUGGUUCAAACACAGACAUUGUUGGUGCAUCAGUUGACGAACGAAGAAGCACAGAAGUUGAGGCUCAGAGCAAUCAUCUCUCACGUGGAAGAGAAGACAGGGAUUCAGCAGGAACUCGGGAUGAUAGGGAAGAGCAGCGGAUCCGCCUUUGCUUAUAG